AUGGCAAACUUAAAUGGUCAUCUUCAUCAAGAAUGCCAAUCUAAUACUAGUCCUCCUUGGUUCGAUGGAACAAACUGCGGCUAUUUGAAAAAUACUAUGAUUGACUUUCUUCAAUCCGUUGACUAUCAAAUUUGGCUUAUUAUAGUUAAUGGACCUUUUGUUCCAAUGAAAAUUGUUGACACAAGAAGAAUCCCUAAAACUGAAGCUGAAUGGGACACCGAGGAUUAUAAACUUAUUUCUUUAAAUGCUAAAGCCAAAGUCAAUCUAAAUUGUGCUAUAAGUCCUAGUGAAUACAAUAGAGUCUCUACUUGCACCACAGCUAAAGAAAUCUGGGAUAAACUUCAGGUUACUUAUGAAGGAACUUCACAGGUCAAGGAAUCCAAAAUUGACAUCCUUAUGCAUCAAUAUGAAUUAUUUCGUAUGAAUGAAAAUGAGUCUAUUAGUGCAAUGUUUGUGAGAUUUACUGACAUUAUUAAUGGGUUGAAACAUCUUGGAAGAACUAUGACUAACUCUGAUCUUGCAAGGAAAAUUUUAGGAAGCUUACCAGAAAAAUGGGAUGCAAAAGCAACGACAAUUAAGGAAGCUCACAAUCUCAACACACUUGAGUUAGAUGAACUUCUCGGCUCUCUUCUCUCAUGGGAGAUCACUUUAAAAGAUAGAGAAGGAGAUCAUCAUCGAAAGAAAGAAAUUACUCUCAAAGUCUCUCAAAUAAAAAAGGAAGUUGCCGGCAACAAAAGUGAAGAUGAUGAUUCGGCUCUUAUCACUCAAUCCUUCAAAAGAUUUCUUCAUAGGAAGAAAUUCAACAAGGGAAGGUUCAAGAAGGGUGAAUCAUCUAAUGAACAGAGCAAACGAGACACCUCUGCCUGUUUUCGUUGUGGAAAGUCGGGACACUUCAAAGCUGAUUGUCAUGUUUACAAAGAGGAAAAGAAAAAGAGAAGAGCAAUGCAAGCCAAUUGGGAAGAUGGCGACUCAAAUGGCUCCGAAAGUGAUAUUAAAAAGGCAAUCCUCUUUCUCAUGGCAAAUAGGGAUGAGGUAAACUCUAAUUAUAACUCUUCCUCUAAAUGUGAAAUGUCCUAUGAUGAUUUAGUUGAUGCAUUUAAUGGAUUACUUGAUGAUUUUAAAGAAUUGCAUGAUGAACUAGGUAAAAUGGUCAAAAAAUGUGCCUCUCAAAGAAGAGAAAAACUUAUCAUUGAAAGCAAAUUUCAAACUCUUUUAAAUGAAAAUAAGUGCUUGAAAAAGGAAUGCACUUUGCUUAAAGAAACAGGAUCACCUGAACUCAUCUCUGAAAAUGCAUCCUUGAAGUUAAUCAUUGAAGACCAAAUUGAUGGUCUAGCAAAGUUUACUCAAGGUACCAAAAAUCUAAAACUUAUGCUAGGUGCUCAAAGAAGUGUCUUUUAUAAAAAUGGAUUAGGAUAUGACCCUUUUGAUAAGAAAGCAUGUCUAUUAAAAAAGAGAAAGCCUUUGGCUAACUACUUUGUUAAAAGCAAGAACAAAAAUUCUCGAUACAAUUAUUGUAAAAGGAUGGGUCAUCUUAUUCAAGAGUGCUCAAAGAGAAAGCCUAAAUACAUAAAGAAGUGGGUUCUUAAAGGAACAUAUGUGCUCUUAGCUAACUCCCAUGGACCCAACAAGAUUUGGGUACCAAGUGAAAAUACUUGA